CACGCACCUAUUCUUGCUCGGAACUUGUACAUGCUUCUAAUUGAAUGUGAGGAGGACGAUUUCUUCAGAAGAAAGCCUGAAGUGAAAUAGAAAUGUUGCGAAAAUGAGGACUCUUUUAUUUACACACAUUUGGAAGUGCACAUCGAAGUAUGUCGUGCCGAAAUCAUGCAUUAGAUCUGUUGCCAGUCGACACUGUUCCAGCGCUCCGUCCAUUGAGGGAAAAUGGUUGAAACCUGCAGGGUUUGACACAGGACUGACAGUUUACAACAGUCUCACGAAAAGGAAAGAGCCACUCAUACUUGCAGAAGAAGGAGUUGCCAAAUGGUACAGCUGCGGACCCACAGUAUACGACCAUGCACAUCUGGGACACGCAUGUUCCUAUGUCAGAUUUGACAUUGUGCAAAGAACUCUUUCAAAGGUGUUUGGGAUAAAUGUCAUCCAUGUCAUGGUCAUCACAGAUAUUGAUGAUAAAAUCAUAAGGAGAAGUCUGGAGGCACAGGUGUCGCCCACUGUUUUGGCCAGGAUGUAUGAAGAGGACUUCAAAGAGGAUAUGCUAGCCUUGAAGGUUAUUCCUCCAGUGGUGUAUAUGCGUGUGACGGAGAACGUUGCUCCUAUCGUGACUUUCAUUGAGCGCAUCAUAAAAAAUGGACAUGCCUAUGCAACAGCAAGCGGAGAUGUUUACUUUGAUGUGAGGUCUGUAGGCCACCGCUAUGGCAAAUUGAUGAGCUUGGGAGAGCCUGUUGGAGAAUCUGAGGACACAGAGAAGAGGGACGUGCGGGACUUUGCCCUGUGGAAGGCAGCCAAGCCACAGGAGCCCUUCUGGGAGUCGCCAUGGGGACCAGGGAGGCCGGGGUGGCACAUCGAGUGUUCCACGGUUGCCAGCUCUGUGUUUGGGAGUCAGCUCGAUAUCCACUCAGGGGGGAUUGAUCUGGCCUUCCCUCACCAUGAGAACGAGAUCGCCCAGUGUGAGGCCCAUCACCAGUGCCAACAGUGGGGAAACUACUUCCUACAUUCAGGUCAUCUGCAUUUAAAAGGAAGUGCAGAGAAGAUGUCAAAGUCCCUAAAGAAUUUUAUUACUAUUAAGGAUUUCCUGCAGUCUUAUAAUGCCAAUGAAUUUCGUCUGUUCUGCCUCUUAACAAAGUACAGAUCAGGUAUAGAGUACAGUGACAGGAGUAUGAAUGAAGCGCGGACCACACUGGCCACAAUCAGGUCUUUUACCCAUGAUGCCCAGGCCUACAUAAAGGGACAGUUACAGUGCCAACCUGUUGAUGAGACGGUGCUGUGGCAGAGGCUGGCCUCUACCCAAAGUGCUGUGCGGGCAGCGUUGGCUGAUGACUUUGACACUCCCAGAGCAGUGGAUGCCAUCAUGACCCUCAUCCACCAGUGCAACUGCCAGCUUCAAACUAGCACCAAGACUACAGGAGAGUCCAGGAGUCCGGCUGUGUUUGGGGCUGUGCUGGGCUACAUCCGGGACAUGAUGGAGGUGUUUGGGGUCGACCUUCUGGACAGAAAGGACUCGGGUGGCAUAGAUAGUUCCGGAGUGCUGCAGAAUGUGGUGGAGCAGUUGGUGAACUUCCGAAGCGAAGUGCGGAACUUUGCCCUCGAGGUGGACCAGUCUGCCUCUAGUGGCCAGGGCGGGAAGAAGCGGCUACACACAGACAGACAACCGCUGCUGAAAGCCUGUGACACCUUGCGGAAGGAUCUGGCACCGUUAGGUAUCAAUGUCAAGGACAGAGGCCGCACCUCUACGUGGGAAAUCGAACUGUCAAGAAGAGACAAGGACUAGAGGAGCUGUAUGUUCACUAUGAACUUUCCUAUAAUGGAUCUCAUAUCAUAUUGUGGUGUCAGUCAGUCAAUCAGAAAACUCUUGGCAGCACAAAAACAGGGUUCAAUAAAGGGUAGGAGCAGUUUGCAACCAGGCAACUUCUACCAACUUUUGGAUUGCUGGCCAAAUGUGAAGACAAUUGAAAAGCGGAACAAAAAAAAUCAUGCAUAUAUUCCAUUUUAUGAAUAGAGUAUAUGCAUAGAGUGGCCUCUUUUUCCUGCUUACGAAUUUAAAAAGCAUCAAAGUUCUUUGUCAGUGACGUCUGUAUAGUGGUGUGAUAGCACUUUACUGUUGUACAAAAUAUUGUGUAAAUUAAAAAUAAUUCACAUGCAUGCAUGCAUUUCCCCUAAUGGAGUAUUUUUUGUGUGAAUAAAAGUGACCAAGUGAAUCUA